UCCGCGUGUUUUCCCCCAGACAGAGGCGUACUGUGAAGGAUACCAGUGGCGUAAAGCUGUUUGGACAAACCGUUGCAAGGCCACAUUAUGGACUCCGUCACAGUUUCACGACGAAAACAUCCCAAUAACAAGGGAAACAAGGAGAACACCCAGCCUCCAACUGGAGCCAAAUCCUUAGUUAAAACGGGCCCUACAUCAGCUGUGCCAUUCCGGAUCAAAGCCAACAAACGAGAGGAUGUCUGGAACAAAGAUGAUCCAAUUAAGGCAAAGGGUAGGAAGCCAGCGCCUAGAGAGACUCAAAGAAAGUCGCAGAGAGAUACUAAAGAUGUCAAAACACAAAUACUCAAACCCCUGGCUGAAGCUCCAACACAGUCAUUAAAACCUGCUCCAGGGAUGUACAAAGGCAGGAUUGUCCAGUCAAAAAUUGGCUCCAUUUGGAAGUCAAGUGAUUCCUUGAGUGCAGCAGUUAUGAAGCCAUCAGCACCUAAACCGGAGAGCAGAAAGGUCAAUGACACGGCUGUAAAGAACAGGUCCAAAUCUGUAACCGAGGUGUCCAGGCAAGUGGCCAAAAGGCCAGCGCCGAUGAGGUCCAAGUCGGUUUCCGACCAACCCCGUCAGGUGGGCAGGCCCCCCGUCGGCAGCUGUCGCCCUGCUACGUUCUGCUCUGCGCGGCCUCCCACCAGAACCAUCACAGCCACACUACCACCUGCUACAUCCAGAAGCACAACUGUGGCCGCCUCUAAACCAAGAGGUGGUCAGAACACAAAGCCCAAGAUUCCAGUGACUGACAAGAAAGCCAGUAGACCUGUGAUCUCAAGCACGCUGAGUCAGUACAGAGUUGCCGCAGAGACGGCAGAAGAAAAACGAGCAAAGCUGGCUGAGUGGCUGGCCUCCAAGGGGAAGACUCUGAAAAGCCAAACCACAAAAGCACCUAAAAAAGCCAAAGCUUGGGAUCCACAGGUUCCAGAGAAUGUUGACCUGGAGCCUGGCGCUCAGUGUAGAGUGGAACCCAAUCCAAGCGUAGCGCGUGAAAUCCCAGCGCCCUCUGCGGAAACUUGGAGUGAAGAAGGUAGUGCACAGAGCCCGAUUCCUGUGAUCAAGAACACAACACUGGAUCUGCUGGACGACACCGAGGCAGAUCUGUCUGAACCUCUGGGCAGAGUAGAUGACAUUGUUGUGAACCUUUGUGACGCCCUGGAGGCCAUGGCGAUUCCAUCCGCAAGCUCUGAUGAAGAAUGUAGAGAUGAAGAGCAGAACGAUGAACAGAUCCAGGCUGAGAUCAAAGUGGAAUCGGAAGUGAAACAGGAGGAUGUUGAGGAAAGUGAGGAUGAUUCAGAAGAUGAUAGUAAUGAUUAUGUCAUGGAAACAACACCCCAAACUAGUGCUUCAGUUAUCAAAUACAGCGUGAAGACGACCCCGUACUUGCAGAGCGUGAAGAAAACGAUUGAAGGCGAGGCGAGCGCAUCGAGGAGAAAGAGCAACAUCAAAGACCUGAAGUUUCUGACGCCAGUGCGCCGCUCCAGUCGCAUCCACCAUAAAUCCUCCCAUCUGCCCUCGAUGCUCACCGAUCACGAUCCCUGCGUGUCGUCGCUGGCCGAGCUGGUGAAGCUGGACGACGAUCCUAACGCGUACAUCUACAGGAAGAACCCUGCGCUUCUGCAGGAGCUGCCGGACCAAAAUGCAUACUAAGUAUUUAGUUCUUGUACAGAAACGUAAAGGACUUAAGCUACGGCACACUACGUAGGUGCACUUUGUUUUACUAACCUUAAGUAAGUGUAUGAAACUAUUUUCUACAGUUACUCAAUUUUUCGGCAUAAAAUGACACCUAAUCGAUGUCCUGUUGUGUUUUAAGAGUCAGAAAUCUAAACUCAGAUCAGAGGAUGCGAGUUCUACUAAGAGCUUGCAAUGACUAAACAAAAAAGAGAUUCAACACAAUUCACAAUCAGUCCCACUUUAAUUGAUCACAUUAUAAAAAACAAACAAAAAAAAUAAUCCAAAGCACUCUGAACACUGCUUUCAGUUACACACCCAAUGGAAAAUUAUACGUCCUGAUAUCAGACAGGAUGUUUUUACUCCAGCGUCUGGUGAAAAACAGACGUUCUUAAAAUCCAAAUAACCCCAAAACAACUCAAGAACCAAAAUCACUUUGAUGCAGUUUUCUUCCCUAAAGUAUAAAAAGUACUUCUCGCAACCAUCCGCCGACCCCAUGGGAAGAUGUUCAGUGCUGUAGGCUGAAGAGCAACGCUGCUAUCUGAGGGCUUUAUGUCCUUGAAAGGCCCCGGUUGUCCAGAUCUUUCACCUGAAACAGAAAAGUUGAAUCCCGAAAGAAGAUGAGUGAAUCUGACUCCAGGACUAACAUUUUGAUGUUGGCUGUUGUCCAGUGGAUGUCCAAUGUUCUGUUGUGCUGAAUUGCCUGUGUACAUUUUAAACUGCUGCUUUUUUGUUUGUUGUCUGAAACUGUUGUACCAAUAAUUUGAAGUUUGAAUAAAUGCAUUUUACCUUCCAACCAU